GUCAUGGUGAGUAUAUGACCCACGGGAGCUUUAACUUGGUGCUGUGUUCGCCUUCCCUAGUCAUGUCUGAGCCACAGAGAUGGGCAAGAUCGAGAACAACGAGAGGGUGAUCCUCAAUGUCGGCGGCACCCGGCACGAAACCUACCGCAGCACUCUUAAGACCCUUCCUGGAACUCGCCUGGCCCUCCUCGCCUCCUCUGAACCCCAGGGCGACUGCCUGACCGCCACCGCCGCGGGUGACAAGCUGCAGUCGCUGCCCCCUCCGCUCUCCCCGCCGCCGCGACCGCCUCCCUUGUCCCCUGUCCCCAGCAGCUGCUUUGAGGGCGUCGCGGGCAACUGCAGUUCCCAGGGUGGCAACGGCAGCGACCACCCUGGCGGAGGCCGAGAAUUCUUCUUCGACCGCCACCCGGGUGUCUUCGCCUAUGUGCUCAACUACUACCGCACGGGGAAGCUGCACUGCCCCGCCGACGUGUGCGGGCCGCUCUUCGAGGAGGAGCUGGCCUUCUGGGGCAUCGACGAGACCGACGUGGAGCCCUGCUGCUGGAUGACCUACAGGCAGCACCGUGACGCGGAGGAGGCGCUGGACAUCUUCGAGACGCCCGACCUCAUCGGGGGCGACCCUGGUGACGAUGAGGACCUAGCCGCCAAGAGGCUGGGCAUCGAGGAUGCUGCGGGGCUGGGAGGACCCGAUGGCAAGUCUGGCCGCUGGAGGAGGCUGCAGCCCCGCAUGUGGGCCCUCUUUGAGGACCCCUACUCAUCCAGAGCCGCCAGGUUUAUUGCUUUUGCUUCUUUAUUCUUCAUCCUGGUUUCCAUCACAACCUUCUGCCUGGAGACACACGAAGCUUUCAAUAUUGUUAAAAACAAGACAGAGCCAGUCAUCAACGGCACAAGUGCUGUUCCCCAGUAUGAAAUCGAAACGGAUCCUGCCUUGACGUAUGUAGAAGGAGUGUGUGUGGUGUGGUUUACUUUCGAGUUUUUAGUCCGUAUUGUUUUCUCACCCAAUAAACUUGAGUUCGUCAAAAAUCUCUUGAACAUCAUUGACUUUGUGGCCAUCCUCCCCUUCUACCUGGAGGUGGGGCUCAGUGGGCUGUCCUCCAAAGCUGCUAAGGACGUGCUUGGCUUCCUCAGGGUGGUUAGGUUUGUGAGGAUCCUGAGAAUCUUCAAGCUCACUCGUCAUUUCGUGGGUCUGAGGGUGCUUGGACACACGCUUCGUGCAAGUACCAAUGAAUUUUUGCUUCUGAUCAUCUUCCUGGCUCUGGGAGUUUUGAUAUUCGCUACGAUGAUCUACUAUGCGGAGAGAGUAGGAGCUCAGCCUAAUGACCCUUCAGCUAGUGAGCACACACAGUUCAAAAACAUCCCCAUUGGUUUCUGGUGGGCUGUGGUGACCAUGACUACCUUAGGAUACGGGGAUAUGUACCCGCAGACAUGGUCAGGGAUGCUGGUGGGGGCCUUGUGUGCUCUGGCUGGAGUGCUGACAAUAGCCAUGCCCGUGCCUGUCAUUGUCAACAAUUUUGGAAUGUACUACUCCUUGGCAAUGGCGAAGCAGAAACUUCCGAGAAAAAGAAAGAAGCACAUCCCGCCCGCCCCUCUGGCAAGCUCACCUACGUUUUGCAAGACAGAAUUAAAUAUGGCUUGCAACAGUACCCAGAGUGACACAUGUCUGGGCAAAGAAAACCGGCUUCUGGAACAUAACAGAUCAGUUUUACCUCUGCCACAUGGUACUCUGCAUCUCAACCUAAUUCGUGAGAAACGGUUACUUACGGGGAAUGGAUGCUUACACAUCAAAAGCCUAGACACUAAAGAGUGUUAUCAGGUGACGACAGCACAGGAAGUGAGCCACCAUUAUCACCUCCAGAAAGACUCCCCAUCAGACGCUCUAGUACCAGAGACAAAAACAGAAGAGGGGAAACGUGUUUCCUGUUGACGACAGGUGAUUACUCGUGUGCUUCUGAUGGAGGGAUCAGGAAAGUGUUGUACAGAAUUUAUCAUGGAUUUUUGACUGCUGAAAAAGGGACAAUAAGAUUUAGCCAUACCAAGGAUUGUACUGGAAACUCCUGCUACCGAAUGUGCCCUGAUGUGACCAGUUUAUGAUCAGAAGAGGUUCCCGCACCUUCGUGAGGCAUUUAAAGCUUUUAAAGGAACUGUGGCUGGAAGUGAAAUGGUGCUUGCCCUGGAAAUAUUCUGCUUCUCAACUGACCAGUGUCCAGGAAACAACUGUAAAUACCAAUGUGUACAUGGGUCAACGGCUCUGACAAUCUCAGCAUAGGAAGCCAAGUUUG